AGGCUCGCGCACACUCCCGGACGUGUCUGGUGCGCUCGAGCACUGCGAGGAGGGUCAGUCCUGGGGAAGCACUGCCGGGCUGCAGCUCUGGCUCUGGACGCCCGCGGGCGAGAGGAGAGAGGUGGGGAGGCAGGCCUGCGCCGCUCCCUCUGCCCAGCCUGGUGUGUGUGGCCGCGGGAAUGGGGCGUCGCUGGGGAGCCCCUCGGGAGUGAAGAGCCCGGGAUGUGCGACCCCGAUCCGGUGGAGCUGGGCUGCCAGUGGGCCCAGCUGGCCGGGUUAGACGGCCUCUGGUUCAAGCUCCUCGCUCGGGCGGGCUGCAGGGACGUGGAGCUGGGUCUCAAGUGCUGUGAUGGGGUUUCCUGGGGAAGAAUACUAGUGUCUUCUAAAAGGAACUGUGGCGAUUACGGGGCCAAGCAGAAGGAUGCGCAGGAGCAGAGCGCGCUGGCGUCGCCCGCGGAGGAGGAGCCCUUCUCCUGGCCAGGCCCGAAGACGCUGCGGCUCCGCCGGACCUCCCAGGGCUUCGGCUUCACGCUGCGCCACUUCAUCGUCUACCCGCCCGAGUCCGCUGUCCACUCGUCCCUGAAGGAUGAAGAAAAUGGCAACAGAGGGAGACAGCGAAACAGACUGGAGCCCAUGGAUACCAUCUUUGUGAAGCAGGUGAAGGAGGAAGGCCCUGCCCAUACUGCUGGACUUUGCACAGGGGACAGAAUUGUGAAAGUGAAUGGAGAAAGUAUAAUUGGAAAGACUUACUCCCAAGUAAUAGCCUUGAUUCAGAACAGUGACACGUUUCUUGAGCUGUGUGUGAUGCCAAAAGAUGAAGACAUUCUACAGCUGUUUUCAAGGGAUAUCACAGCUCUGGCGUAUUCCCAAGAUGCGUACCUUAAGGGCAACGAAGCGUACAGCGGGAAUGCCCAGAACAUCCCGGAACCCCCUCCUCUGUGUUAUCCUCGGAUAGAUGUUAAACCCGCCGUGAUGGCUCAGGUCCCCGAUGCUUCCCCGUCCCCCGAGGCGGCGCGGGGCGCGCCCCAGGGCAGUGGGCCGGCAGGCAGAGCGGCCUGGCCGGCCGUGGCCCCGGGGGGGCCCCCCGAGCUCGGGUACCGCCGGGAGAUCACCGUGCCCCCCUCGCCCCCGCAGCUGCCCAAGACCAAGGCCCUGGUGUGCGUGUACCAGGACGCCAUCAGGACUGUCGUCGUGCCGCCCGAGGCCAUUGAGCGGGGAGGCCGGGCGAGCCGAGCGGGGCCCCCUCACAGAACCGAGGAGAACCGGUACGGCUCCGAUAAGGCCAGGGCGCCCGCUGCGCCAUCUUCCUCGGGCGGGCAGAAGCAGUUCCCCCUGUCCAGGGCAGCGGAGUCUCCUUUAUUCCCUUCCGGAGGCCGGCCGGUCCAGUUCCCGGGGUCACCCGACGGCCCCUCGGGCUCCGUCGGCCCCGCGCUGACCGCUGCUGGCGACCCCUUUCCCGCGGGGCCGAAUCACUACUCCCCCUCUUCUUCCUCUUCCUCCUCUACCUCGCCUGCAGCCCACCAGCACAUCGACUGGCGGAAUUACAAAACGUACAAGGAGUACAUCGACAACAAGCGACUGCACAUGUACGGCUGCCGGACCAUCCAGGAGCGGCUGGACAGCCUGCGGGCCGCCUCCCAGAACUCGGCCGAUUACAAGCAGGCGGCGGCGGCCCCCGGCCCGUGGGGGGUGGGAAGCGUACAGGUCCGCCGGAGGAGCACGUCUCACGACCGGGCGUAUUCGAACGCGGCGGCCGCGCCCAUGCGCAGCGCCUCCCAGGACCGUCUCGGAGGGGGCGAGCAGGCGGCCGCCCUGAAGGACUGGCCAAGGAGUGCCUCCCAGGAUGCUCUCACUUCGCCGCUGGCGGGGCCGCCGAAGCCGCGCGCGCGCUCUUGCGACUACCUGGGCAGGCAGACCGAGACGCCGCCAGGGGACGGCUUCGUGGCGGGAGCCCCCGGGCGGGUCGGGGACAGGCAGACCCGCGGCAGGGCCGAGCUGGAGGACAGACCCCUGCCUUACUACGAGGGGGCCAGGCAGCCCAGCAGGCAGUCCUCCUCCGUGCGGACUGCCCACCCACCCCACCGGACUCCGACAGGCUACAGCCCGGACAUCCGCAUGGGCGGGGGCAGUUUCAGGGGAAUUUCUGUCCUCCCUCCCUUUCCGAAAGGUACAGAACAAUUGCACACCUCAAGGGCAGACAGUCUGCCUCAUGACGCCCCUCACGCUGUGGACAGAGCCUCGCGAGCUGUGGGCAAGACCCCCGUCACGGACCCCUCCCCUUACGCCGCGUCCGCGGUGCCCGCCGGCCAGGGUCCCGGCGGCUCAAGUGCACUCAAAGACCAAAGAGCGGUCGCCGGCGGCCACCUCCCCCACGCUGCCCCGCACCUGCAGCCGCGGGCCCGAGCCGAUGGCGCGCGGGAGCCUGCGUCCUGCUCCGCGGCCUUCAGAGGGAACAGCGGUGGGAAGGAGCAGGGCGAAGUGAGCGGGGCGGCCGAGGGCCUGGCGGUGGUCUUGCGCGAAAAGCCCCCCUCUGGCAGGCACACGCCUCAGCCCCUGCGGCACCCGUCUUACAUCCUGGCGGUGAACGAGCCCGAGGGCGGCCCCCCGGCCGAGCCCACCUGCUGGCUGCCCAACGACGCGCGGCGGGAGGUCAACAUGAAGCGGCUGGGGGAGCAGCGCAGGGCGUCGGGCUCCAGUCCUCCGGAUGACUCCCUGGCGUCUAUCCCCUUCAUAGAUGAGCCUUCCAGCCCCAGCGUUGACCAUGACGUCGCACACAUUCCAGCUUCUGCUGUGAUUUCUGUCGCACCAGCCAUAACUACAAUCCCCCCCAGCCCAACCUCUCCAUCUCCUGUCAUUCGGCGCCAGCUGUCUCAUGACCAAGAUUCUCUUAGGAUCACUAUUCUGGAGUCCCAGUCUGGUACGAAAACAGAGCGAUCAAAAUCGUACGAUGAAGGAUUGGAUAAUUACAGAGAAGAAGGAAGAUCAAGAUCAUCCAUUAAACACGUGUCCAGUCUGAAGGGAAUUAAAAAGGCUGUGGACGGCCAGAAGUCUUCUGAAGAUUCGGGGUCGAGAAGAGAUUCUUCCUCUGAUGUUUUUAGUGAUGCGACUAAGGAAGGGUGGCUUCAUUUCCGCCAGCUGUCCACAGACAAGAGCAAGCGCGUGGGAGGCGGGAUCCGCCCGUGGAAGCAGAUGUACGCGGUGCUGCGAGGUCCCUCGCUGUGCCUCUACAAGGACAAGAAGGAGGCGCUGGCGCACGGCUCUUCCCAGGCCGAGGAGGAGCUGCAGCAGCCCAUCAGCAUCAGGGCCUGCCUGAUCGACAUCUCCUACAGCGACACCAAGCGCAAGAACGUGUUCCGCCUCACCACCUCCGACUGCGAGCACCUCUUCCAGGCCGAGGACAGGGAGGACAUGCUCUCCUGGAUACGGGUCAUUCAGGAGAACAGUAACCUGGAUGAAGAGAACGCGGCCGUUACCAGCCGAGAUCUAAUAAGCCGGAAGAUAAAGGAGUACAACACGAUGAUGAGCUCGCCGAGCAGCAGGACGGAGCCCUCGCCGAAGCCGUCCCGGCAGUCCAUCCGGCAGGCUUUCCUGGGAGGCAAGGGGGAUCCCAAGGCCCAGAGCCCGCACUCGCCGAAGCACGAUUCCGAAAGAAAGCCGCUCCAUAAAGAUGACAGCAGUCCACCAAAGGAUAAGGGAACCUGGAGGAAAGGCAUUCCUGGGCUAAUGAGGAAACCUUUUGAAAAGAAGACUGCAGCUGGGGUGACUUUUGGAGUUCGACUGGACGACUGCCCACCUGCUCAAACAAACAAAUUCGUGCCGUUAAUCGUGGAGAUCUGCUGCAAGCUGGUGGAGGAGAGGGGUCUGGAGUACACAGGUAUUUAUCGUGUUCCAGGCAACAACUCUGCCAUCUCCAGCAUGCAGGAGGAGCUCAAUAACAAGGGCAUGAGCGACAUCGACGUGCAGGACGAUAAAUGGCGGGAUCUGAAUGUGAUCAGCAGCUUGCUAAAAUCCUUUUUCCGAAAACUUCCAGAGCCUCUCUUCACAAACGAAAAAUAUGCCGAUUUCAUAGACGCCAACAGAACUGAAGACGCAGUUGAGAGGUUGAAAAUACUGAAAAGACUGCUUCACGAGCUGCCAGACCAUCAUUAUGAGACUCUGAAGUUCCUCUCUGCACAUCUCAAAACUGUGGCUGAAAACUCAGAAAAAAACAAGAUGGAGCCGCGGAACCUUGCAAUAGUUUUUGGCCCAACCCUGGUCAGAACGUCCGAGGACAACAUGACUCACAUGGUGACUCACAUGCCUGACCAGUACAAAAUAGUGGAGACACUAAUUCAGCAUUAUGAUUGGUUUUUCACAGAAGGAGCCAGCGAAGACCCUCGGACCCCAGUCCGUGAGGAGAAUACAGUUGAGUCUCAGCCAGUGCCAAAUAUAGAUCAUUUGCUCCCCAACAUUGGGAGGACUGGCACUUCUCCAGGAGAUGUAUCAGGUAACUGGCCUGCACCAGAUGAUCUGUGGGAUUCAGCCACUAGUGACUCUGCAAAAUCAAAGGGGUCUUGGGGAUCUGGAAAGGAUCAGUACAGCAGAGAUCUGCUGGUGUCCUCUAUUUUUGCUGCCGCAAGCCGUAAAAGGAAGAAACAGAAGGAGAAGCCACAGCCAAGCAGUUCAGAUGAUGACCUGGACAAUGUGUUUCUGCAGAAGGAGCCUUCAAGGCAGAACCAUGACACUGUGUGGUCUAAGGAUGGCAGUGCAGAAGCAGGGAAAGAGACUGGCGCAUCAAACCAAAAAGGAUGGACAAAGGAGACUCAGGAUGACAAAGAACAGAAUAAGAGUUUUGAUUUGAGGACCAAGGCCAAAAAGGACCACAGAAACUCGUUUUUCUUGAAAGAGAAAGCGUCCUCUGCACAGCCCUCUCCUUCCCCUUCUCCCAGCCCAAAACGCACCAGCUCUCCCAGCCCUAGUUUUCGAAUGCAGCAAGGUGGCAAAUCCUCUCUCUCUGACCCCCCUUCGCAGUUUGAUGAUGCCGUGUCAGACUUGGGGACAAUGAACAGCACAAGUUCCCAGGCCUCUAUCCAUAGGGCACGGCCUAAAAAGUGGACAACCCCUGACAUCAAAGGCAAUGAGUCCAUUGCGGCAGAGAUCAGCUCCAUCACCUCAGAUUAUUCUACCACCUCAUCCAUGACAUACCUAACGGGCAUGGAGUCCAGCAUGCUGAGCCCCGAGGUCCAGUCGGUAGCAGAAAGUAAAGGAGACGAGGCAGAUGAUGAGCGGAGUGAGCUUAUCAGUGACGGAAGACCGAUGGAGACGGACAGCGAGAGCGACUUUUCCGUGUUUGCAUCCUGCUCGGCUCCAGAGAGGAUUCUGCGGGAGUCCCUCCAGGAUAAAGCACAGCAACGUCGUAGAGGGUCCAACGGGAGCGAGCCUGUGGGCACCGAGGGAAGUACCACGCUGAAGUUAGACGGCUGGCAAAUCUUUCCAUCUCAGAAGCUGUCGGAGAGCGACGUGCUCUACAGGAAAAAAACGAUCCAUCAGAAAACCGACAGCGAGUCUUCAGCUGAGGGAAAGAGCGAUAAGGAGUCGAACAGGCUGUCGCGGGUCCUGGAGGUGAUGAAGAAAGGAAAGUCAACUGGGAGCCUGAGCUCCUCAGCCAGGAGCGAGUCCGAAAAGCAGGAGCCGGCCUGGCGUUUGAAGAUUACAGAGCGGUUAAAAUUUCGGCUGAAGACCUCGGCGGAUGACAUGUUUGGAAUCGGGCCGCCGAAGGCCAGGUCGCCCGAGACGCGCAAGAAGAAGAGCAUCAAGCGCAGGCACACGAUGGGCGGGCAGCGGGAUUUUGCCGAGCUGGCCGUCAUGAAUGACUGGAGGGGCCGCGAGCAGGGAGGGGGCGAUCUGGAGUCGGAGCUGUCCGCGGUGGACCGCUUGAAGCCCAAGUGCCACUCGCAGGACUUCUCCAUCAGGGACUGGAUUGCGCGGGAGCGCUGCCGUGCCAGCAACCCCGAAGUCGACGUGGACUCGGCAAAGGAGCCACGGGCAGCCGCCAGAGAUGACGAAGGCCCCUCCAAGUCGACGACGCCUUUCUCCGCCCAGGAUGAUGCUGAGGGCCCCGGCGGUUUAACCGCGAUCAGCAGGCCUCCCCCCUCCGCGUCGCCCGGCCCCCGCACAGCCGAGCAGCCGAACGGCGACAGCCUUCAGAGCAAGAGCAAAACGAGCCUCAGCCUCUCGGCGGACGCACACCCGCACAAGUUAUCCGGCGCCCAUGUUGUGAGGUCACGGUUCUAUCAGUAUCUGUAAAACCGCGAGCGAGUGUGUGCGUAUGUGUGCAUGUACACUCCCGAUUGGAAUCAUAGGACACCAGGAAAUGUUACUGAAAUACAGUUGAAGGAAGGAUUGGCAGUACGUGGCGGUAAUGUCUUGGCCUUCAUGAGAGAGAGACGUGAUGGUUCGCUGGUAUUUUGUGAAGGGACUUGAAAGCCCCCCCCUCCUGUUGCCUCCCAUCAGUGUGUUAACAGAGACAGCUGCCCAUACACAAGGCGUGCUGUUACUUGAUGUGAAAGGUUAGAAGUGUGUUGCGACCUACCUACUUCCCCAUGUGAACCUAAUCAUCUCCCAGAGCACUUUUUUUUUUGCACAGUACGCUGCUGCUUUGUCUCAGUUUCAUCUUGUGCGAAUCUCAGCAGGGUUCAGGUCAGCUGGAGGUCAGUGCCUUUUUGUCACGUUGAAAACAAUUUCACCCACAAUGCACCUUCUUGGGGGUGUUGCGUGAUGUCGAAGAGUGGGAUUAAUUAUAUAUUAUAUGGUUCCUUUAGGAACCUACCUACUCUAUUUGAUUUACAUUUUUUGCACUGUUACAACAAAAACGCACCCAAUUUUUCUGUGCUGCCACCUCUAGUAUUUUAUGUGCUCUAGAAUGUUAAUUUUGUUAAAUCAUUUUAAACUUCAGCAAAAGGCAGUUUGUUUUGAAUAUUUGCAGUUGAAUGUUCUAGAUAUUCAUGAUUUUCUCGUCUGAGCAGUAGUGAGAAGGCACUUCUAUUGCCGUUGUACGAGUUUGUGGAAGCUGUCUCUUUGAUGGGAAAUACAAAUCAACAUGAACACACCAUAGGAAACAAUUGGCUUUGCUCACCUAAUGAUCGGUUUCCAUUUUUGUAUUUUUCAUCGUUAAAUGAAACUCUCGAGUUUGCCUUGCAUAGCAAUCCCCUUUUCAAAGAUCCAUGAUCAUCCUCUUGUAUCUCCUUUCACGGAGCCAUCAAAGUUGUACUCUUUUGCUCUACUCUCAUAAGGCUUCAAAGAGUUUUAAGAGCCAGCGGAUGCGUUUCCUGCCUUGCCAAUCCUGGCUCGUCCCAGUUUUUCUCAUCUCAAUUAGUUCUGCUCCAUAAAAUUUUGAGAGGAAUACAAAUGCCACAACAGGAGCGGUAAAAUGUUACUUCAGCAUUCAAGUCUGACAUUUCUUUUGAUGAGAUAUCAAACUUCUGCUAAUGUUUUUUUUUGUUCAGUUUCCCUGAAUUUCUGUAACAUUUGCUGGUGUCCUUGUAAAUUUGACAGUGUAUGUGUAUAUAUACACACUGUGUAUAUGCUGAGAAGCACUAAAGAACACAAAUGCAGUUGAUUUCCAAUACUCAUUUGUUGCCUUUUUAAUGUGACUCUGCAUAUAUAAUAUGGGUUACUGUGCAAGUUUUUUUUUUUAUAUAUAUAUAAGGAUAUAACAGUACUUGGUAAAUACCUGAAAUUUCAUACACUGUCUUGUUUUUAGCAACAUCAUGGCUUUGAAGCAAAAAAUGAAUUUGGCCUUCUGCUCAUUUUGUCAUACCCCAGUAAUGCUGGAAGACCACAAGGGCUUCAAGUCAUUGGGUAUUUAUUUUAUUACUUUAAAAACUACAGGCUAUAGGUGUCUUAAGUAUUACUGAUGAUUUGUUUGCUUAUAUUAUAGUAGACAUUUACAGAAGCAAGACAAAAGUUCCAUUCUUCCUACAGUAACCCUAUGAAGAAUGUAUAUGCUUGCUGAAAUAUUGAUUAAAUCUAGUUGCUUGUUAUAAUUCUUAAACUGUAAAUAUUUCUGUACUUGAACUGUCUUAUUUUUGUUCAGCCUGCGUAUGGGCUGGUUUCUGUGCUGUGUACUGUGGAAACCCUUUGCAGUGCAUUGUAACAGCCAGACACUCUGUGCUAGUACAAUAAAAAUAAACGUUUUUAUAUGACUGUGUAACAAAAUGAGUACUGAACAACACUUCUGAUGCAAUAUGCUCUGUGUUGUGUUGCAGUUAUAUUACCAUUGCAUUGUCAGUUUCUGGUAACAGAUUGCAAAAACCAGAUUUUAAAUCCCAUUUAUCCAAGAAGAAAGUGCCUCAUUGAAUUGGUUUUGGGUUAGUUAGGGUGCCAUAUUGUCUUUUGUUAAAAUAUUUAAAAUGUACUGUGAAUGACUGAAUUUUAUCUACAACUCAUGAAAUAAUUUUACAGAUCUAAAUACAGGCAGAUUUGAGCUUCCAUUCUUUAGGCAUUCCAGUUGGGUCUUGAAAGUGUUUUAUAUAUUCAGAUUUUUAAUUUUUUUUUUGUUUUUAAUGGGACUUGAAAUGUAUGUAUUUCUGUAAAAUAAGUAACUUAAAUGUAUAUAUUUCAUGUUUAGUUUUUUUUUUUCCAAACGGAUUUGAUAAGUGUUGUAACAUAGGCAUGUAGAUACUGGACCCUGGAAAAACUGGUUAAGUUUUUUCAUCUCUGAAACUGCAUGAAAAAAUGUUUCAUGAAACUGGACAUUGUAUCAUGCCUGUGUACAGUUAUACAGGGGUCUAACCCCUAAACACACUGGAAAUAAAAAUCUUUGUGAUUUAAUUCGUGUGGUGGUGGUGGUGUUGUAAAGAUGCAGGUAUGAAGAUAUACACUACAUAGGAGUUUAUGAAGUUUUUAUUUUUGUAAGUGUCUGCAAUGCAGGAAAUAAAGGUGGAUUUUGUUGUUAAUGAAAAAUGUAUGUAAAGUCAUUGGCAUGGAAUGUUUCUUUCCUUUUGCACAAAAAGCAUUUGAAAUCCCAAUAAUCAUGGAUUGCAGCUUUUAAGCAUACAAGAACCAUGCACAUGCACUAUCAGGAAUGAUGAGGUUUAAAGAAAUUUAAAAAUGAGAAUAAAAACCAUACUCCAUUUCUUAGA